GGAAACGGAAGUUUGACACUGCGAUAAACAAAACACGAAAAUUGAGUCCAGUAAUGAAAAUUUGUUGAAAAAAAUUAUAAAGGGAAUUGACACUCCAAUUAACGUAGCGGUAUGAAUGCUGAUGUUGAAUUCCAUAUAAGACAAAAUGAUCCAUGGAAUAAAUUACCUGCGAGUGUGAGACAAAUACUUGGAAACACCCAAAAGGAAUAUGAUAAAGCUGUAUUUAGUUUUAGCAUUAAAAAUCAAUUGCGAUACAAGACAAACUUGAUUCGUUAUGUCAGAAAAGAAGAAAAAAGAUACUAUGAACACUUGAUCAACUAUAGUAGAGAACAUUUAAUGCUUUUUCCUUAUCAUCUAUCAGAUGUAAUUGUCAAAGGACUUCGACUUACUCCUUUUGCCUAUUAUAUAAAUAUGAUGGUUGAUAUAAUGAAUGCAGAGAAAAGUUAUGAUUGCCUGCCAAACUUUACUGCAGCUGACUGUUUAAGACUUUUGGGAAUUGGAAGAAAUCAAUAUAUAGAUCUUAUGAAUCAAUGUAGAUCUUCAAGGAAAUUUUUUAGGAAAAAACCAGUUAGGGAGCUUCUUCCGACACAGCCUGUACAAUCCGUUGCUAUAGCCGCUUGGAGCGAAGUUUUUGCCGGAUAUAUUACUGACGAUGACGUCAAGAUUUGCAUGUCAACUGAAAAAGAUACUAUUGAUAAAAUUAUUGAUGAUGGAAGAGUUAUAGCGGGAGACUUGGACUAUCAAAUUUUACAAAGUCUCUACAGGAAAGGUUUGGUCUAUGUUCAAGUACCAAUUUCUGAUAAUGACUGCAUAGUUGUUCCUCCAUUGGAAGGAUUUGUUAUGAAUCGAGUUCUUGGUGACUACUUUGAAACAUUGUUGUAUAAGAUAUUCGUUUCAAUUGAUGAACAUACAACUGUUGCCGAACUUGCAAGUGUAUUAGAAAUUAAUUUAGAUUUGGUGAAAAAUGCAGUGUCCGUUUACUGUCGGUUGGGUUUUGCUAAGAAAAAAGGCUUGGAAGUCAAUUUCGACGAUGUUCAUCCGUCAUGGAGAAAACAGUCUAUGAAAUUAGAUGCAAACCAGAGAAAAGAAGAAAAAUCUCUUCUCGAUUUAGACUGGGGAGAAUGUGUAUCAACUCCAACUGAAUCAAUAAAAAUGACGCCUAGCCAAAGUACUGAUAGUUUAUCCUCGCCCGAAAAUAACGAAAUGGGAUCAAGCGGCAAUUCUAAAAGAAUUGCUUUUCUUUUCGAUUCUACUUUAACAGCAUUCCUUAUGAUGGGGAAUUUAUCCCCAGGCUUAAAAAGUCAUGCUGUAACAAUGUUCGAGGUUGGUAAACUGAGCGAAGAGAGUCUCGAUAGUUUUUUAUCUGAACUGGAAAAAGUUCAAAGCGUCGCCGAAGGAGAGGCCCAGAGAUAUUUCGAUCAUGCAGUUACAUUACGAGAUAUUAUUAAAUUUCUCAGACAUAAUAAAGAAUUAAGAUUAAGCGAUGAUGGACAGAGCUACGGUCUUGAUUUAUUAAGAUGCGAAAGUCUAUUGGGUUUGGAUACCGCAACUUGUUCAAGAGUUUUAAAGAAAAAUUACGAAUUACUUAUAUCUAUGGCCCCUUUGAGUAACGAAGUAAGGCCCAUAACUAGUUGUCUCCCAUUCCAUAUUGGACCAGCCAUUCCAGAGAUCGCUUCCGUUUGGUUUAAAUUAUAUAUUUAUGCCAAAACCAAUUGUGGACCAGCUACACUUUUGUUAGUUAAGGGAUCGAAAUUAAAGAGACUACCCUGUAUUUUUAAGAAUUACGAUCGACUUUUAGUAACAACUUGGGGUCAUGAUCCCGGCAUAGUCUCAACAUCUAAUGCUCUACUCACAGUGAAUGAAGCUCUUAUACAUUCUUCAGUUUUGGUUCAGGGUCACGACUAUCAUCGAUCUCAGGGAAAAAUGCGUCACAUUGCUUUUCCUUUCGAAAAAGAUGAACUUAAACAUCAGAUUAUUGGAACUCUUAACAAUAAGAUGGAGUUAUCACACAGUUGUGGUUAUAUAACUUUAUUACGCACUGGAUUUUUAAACAACAAAAUUGCUAAUAAGAGGAGAAUUCAAAAGGAGUAUACCGCCUCAGAAUGCACUAGUCCUAAAAAUGGUAUGUCCCAUGAUUUCUCUCAAAGUGUACUUCAAGACGAAUUAGAUAAAUUGGAUUCCGCCGAUGGUCAUGGAGAUAGAACUAAAUUAGCACUAAAUCUAGAAAAUUCACCAGACAAUCGUGUCGAAGAUCUUGAGAGUAGGGAAUGGGUUCUUAUGGAUUGCGUUUUCGGGCUUCCACUCUUUGAAGGGUCAAUUUGUCAGAGUGUUUGUAAUAAAAUUUUAAAUAAUAAACUGUGUUCAGACGAAAGCCUACAGAAAUUGUUGGAUUCUAGUCGAACACUGUCUAUGGACGUUCUUGAUUUUAUUUCAAAUCAUCAGGAUAAUUCAUUUCAAGAAAUAUUUAAUGAUGGUGAAAAAGCAAAAUUUGAAGGGAAAAUUGUUCCAUUUCCUACAAAAAAUCUUCAAUUCGAUGGUUCAAAUUUAAGCGUUUGGAAUGGUCGAUGAAAAAUAUAAUUACAAAGCAUACUUUAUAUAUAAGAAAUUAUGUUUAUAUUUUAUGUCUAAUUGAUAAUUGUACAUGAUCAGUUUCUCUAUUCAAAGUAGCUAAAAAAAAAUAAUAGUUAAAUUCAGUUUUUUCUCCAUUUCUGUUGUUGAUUAUUUGGAUUCCGAGGAAAUUAUUUAUUAUUCUUUUUUUUCGUCCCUUUUUUCUUUAAACAUUAAGAACAAAAGACAAUAAGGUACGAAAACUUAAUACCCAAAUAUAAAAAUUAUUCUUACGUUCUUACACAGAAAUAUAAUACAGGUAUUAUACGCCAUCUAUUGAGUAUAGUAAAAAUUAAAUGUUUUAUAUAGUAUAUUUCAAUUUUAGUUUUAAGUACACUAUUGAGAAACCAA